GUCUUGCUGGUACACGCUCUCUCUUUCUCUCUUACGCGCACUUCUUUCGUCUCUCUAUUCCCAGUCUCGGAUAAAGCCGUGUGAUGUUCGGCGACUGACAGUUUCGCGAAUACUCGCGCGUAGAUGCGUAACGCCGUCGUUUCGACGCGUUGGCGGGACGUCGUAAUCGUUUGCUUGUGAAAAAAAAAUAAACGCAGUUUCCCGCGCGCGCACGCGAGCGCGUGCGUGGCCGUGUCUCUUGCCUGCGACGCGACUACGUUGCGACCGGCGAGUAGUAAACAGGUGACGCCGACGAACGCGCUAUACGCGUUAGCGGUUGACCUUUUACAACGUACAGUGCGCCGCGUGUAAAUUGCGCGAAAUAGCAGUGGCCACUGAUCGGACGGGUGUUAGGAAUAAAUCGCCCGCACCAUACCGCGGUGGACACCGUUCAGAGUAUACUGUGUCAAGGCCACCGGCGACGAGUUCGCGCCUCGUGUCACUACGUAGCGUAUUUCUCUGCGUAAUACCGAAGGAAGGACGGAUAGAGAGAUACGGAAAAAGACAGAUCGCACGAUCUCUGCAUCGCGAUCAUCGAGAAGCCCGUAGUUUCGCAAUUGCAUUCCUCAAGAUUUGUCUCUAAUCUGAAAGACGGUGUCAAGGCCGGUGUCAACUUCCGGCGAGUUUUUUUACAAGCGACGAUAUAGCUUCUCUGAUCCAACGCGCGCGCGUGCAUGUGCCAAACUAUCGUCAACUUUGAUGGGAUUGAUAAAAAUUUCAUAAACAUCGAUCGUCGUAACGAUCUAAUCCCGACUCUAUGGAGUUUCAGAGGAAUGGUACUCUUGCGUGAAAUCUACAAUAAAGUUCACGCACGUUGAAGAACGGCACAGUCGAUGUUUGUCCAUAGAAACCCGGAACGAUACAGCGUGAUCAUCAGAUUCAGAAACGACGGAACAUUUGGCGCCGGUACAUGCUUCAUCGAUUGAUCGAUCAAGCUGAACUUCUUGUAACACUUGCCAGAUACAGGCAAGGCCGGAGGCCUUUAUUAUCGCCGCGCGAAUAAGCUAUCGAGCGACCGCGAUUAAUCACCGGCUAACCAGCUAAUUUUAAUUCGGCCGGCAAACAAGCCGUCGCCGUUGCGAUAAGACGGCCGAGAGACAUCGCUACUGACGACGCGUCACCGAACGAUGCUCGCCGUUCUCCAAUAUGGCGAGCGAUGCUUGCAGGGAUACCUGCUGCGAAUUGCGACCUGUGUUUACCGAUGCUAACGAGUGAUUGUUGAAUAAAUCGCGGAUAAAGAGAAGUUAACGGUAACAAUCGUCGUUAUCUUCGUGACGUGAAAAUUGUGAGACAAUAUUGACGGAUAGAGAAAGCGAAUUGAAAAGUUUGCGACUUACAAUGGCCAACGACGACGGGCGAACGUACUUUGUACGGGCUGACGGAUGAGAGAACUUGUUUUUUUUUUUUCCUUUUUCCUUUAGAAGACGUAUAUAUUAUUUAUCGAUAAAUGCAUCUCGAAGUGUACGGCAUGUGGCAGCAGCAACAGCAGCAGCAUCAGCAAGCGUUUUUGAGGGGUUUGCCCCCGCAACAUCCGCAACAGACUCUCCAUCCAGGGAUCAUCGGCACGGAUAAUCACGCGCCACAUCAGCAGCAACAUCAUCAGCAUCAUCGCGCUACCAUCAUGGAUUUGCCGGUACCAAGCAAUCCACGUGCGUCGCGAAACAUGGCGGAAAAGCAACGCCGCGACAAUCUCAACGCAAAUAUAUCGACGAUGGCGACCCUUGUGCCGAGCGUUGCUGGAAGCUCAAGGAGAAUGGACAAAAUAUCAAUCCUGAGAUUAGCUACCGCUUUCCUGAGGACACGUUACACACUCGGAAGAGGCUCCACGAACUUUCUUCCUCCGUUGUUCAAAGAUCAAUUUGAUCUGGAGCAAUUUUUUGUUGACCAUCUGGUUGACAGCGGAGGUUUCUUCAUUGUACUCACUUCAAAAGGGAACAUCGUCUAUGUUAGUCGACAAGUGGAGCAACAUCUCGGUCAUGUUCAGAACGAAUUGCUGGGUCAGUGCCUAUUCAAUUUCAUCUAUCCCGAUGACCUUGAUGAGCUCAAGCGUAAUCUUUUGCCCGAUGGGCAGCCGAUGUCAUCGUCGACGCCGUCGCCGAUGAGCAUCUCGCAAGUGUCCGAGUUGACACACGAUAACAGUUCCAACUCUUCUGAGGAAUCCUCGACGUCAAGUCAACGGUCGAACGAGAAGCUCAAACGCUUUUUCGAGCAGAGACGGAACUUCAAAAUCCGCAUAGCGCAACGCACUAAUUCCAGGCGCGACCACACGCAGUACGAAACUUUCGACGUUUCGGGUCUUCUUCGGCUCGCAGAAGCCUGCAAAAACAUGGACAGCCACGGGCACAGAGGCAGACGAGAGGUAACGAGCACAACCAACGACAUCGUUUUUGCCGGCAUAGCGACCCUACCACAGAAACGGCCCAUCACCGAAUUGUCGAUAAUGGACGCCAAUAAAGACGAGUAUGUGACGCGGCAUCUGGUCGACGGGCGUAUCAUUUAUUGCGAUCAUAGGGUAUCAGUCAUUGCCGGAUACCUGUCGGAGGAGAUAUCGGGCCUGAACGCGUUUGGUUUUAUGCACAAGGACGAUUGGAGGUGGACGAUGAUCGGCCUACGGCAAAUGUACGACCGUGCCGAAAUGUGCGGCUCGUCGUGCUACAGACUACUCACAAAGAACGGUGAGUUCAUCUACUUACGGACCCACGGUUAUUUGGAAAUUGACAGAGAUAUGAAUACGGUGGAAUCCUUCGUUUGUGUUAACACCAUGGUGACGAAAGAGGAGGGCAUUCAACUAAUAAAAGAGAUGAAAAUGAGGUUCUCCGCGACCGUGUCCGCAAGUAGUAAAAAUCUGAUUCCAGAUCUCGGCAAUAACGUACUACCAAUCGACAUGAACACCCAGUCAUCGAAUUCAAAAGCCAAUGUCGAAGAUCCAUCGCAGCUCGAAGUUGCUAUCAAUUACCUAAUCAGCGACUUACCUUCGUCGAUUAUAACGGAGGAUUGUUUGUCUCCUUCACCAAUGCCGCAUACGCAGUACGUAAAGGCUGCUAUAUUCUCUUCUCGAAUGCCUCCAGUUUCCGCGCAAGCCAAUAAGAUCGGCAUCAAUAAAAUCAACCGCUGCAUCGUUAUCCAAGGCAAAGGCAAAGGCAAAGUAUCUCCGAAGCAAGAGUCCAAACAUAUUGGAAAGUUGAUUAAUUCCAGUAGCGCAGAACAAAGCCCAAUAUCGGAUUCAGAGAGCGCGAUGCCGUCCGGCAAGCCUUUGUCAAUGUUUGAAAUGAUGAACGCUGGCCACAACAGUCAUAGCAAUAUCCAAAACGCUGAUAUACCUGCACAAUCGAAAGUUCUUGCCACUCGCAAGUCUGGUAAAAGUUCCCGCGCGCCUCGUAAUCAUACAUCAUGUUUGGAAAGUUCUCCAAGUGAAAAUGAUUUGAACGAAGGCACUGCAUGCAAUAUUAAGAUGGAACGUGGCGGCGAGGAAACGUUCAACUGUGUGAAAAAGCAGGAAGUACAAUACUUUGAUGACAGCGCGAGUGAUAAUUCUAUCGCCUCGUCGGGGAUUGAAAUGCAUAAUCGGUGUCCAUUGAAAAGAAUAUGUAGCGAUGAGAAUCUUCUAGUGAUGCAUAGUAAGAAGAGAUCUAACGAUGCGUACACAUCGACGAAUAUAAACAACGAACAACAGCGCAUCUCCUACUUGAAAUGCAGGUCUUUCGCAACUGAGUAUCCGACAUUUUCAGAAGAAUUUAAUCAAUACAAUGAUGUCAAUUCGCAACCGCUGACAGUGGCGGAGUCGCCUAAUUCGAGUUUACAUGAAGUCGGAACCGAUUAUCAACAGUUGGUAGAUCCCGCCGUGCCGUUAGGCGUAACAAAUCACGACGAAGAACAGUUUGUUGAUUUGCAGGAUCUGAAAGAGGACACAUUGCUAAGUUCGGAACUUGACACAAGUCCAGAACUUAUGAUGAAGAUAUUUGGCGGUCUACGUAAUGGAACUACAGAUUUCGAAGUUAUUUCAGAUUUUGACGAAGCAAAAAUACAGCAACUAACACCUGAUGAUCAAGUGGUGAAUGACGAGUUAAGUCGCACAUAUUACCAGUUAGCAGAUAGUAUGGCAUUGCAUGAGUCCCAAAUCAAUGUACUGGCACGUGAUCUCAAAAAUCCAGCUCUCCGUAUUCAAAGGAAAAACCUGUCACAGUUACAGGCCGAGCAUAAUAUACAAAAGCAAAUGCUUAAAACCUUACAACAGGAUCACUGUAAAAUACAAGUGAGCGCCAAGCAAAAGCUUGGAAUCUGAGAAACGGAAUGGUCUCCGAGUCACUUCGCGAAAGCCACUUUCAAGAAGCGAACUUAAUAUGAUACAUCCCGGAAAUUGUUGUAAUUGUUGUAAUUAAUAAGAAAUAAGCUUUAAAAGUUAUCCUUUCCUCGAAGGACUAGAACAAAGCUUUUGACAUACGCGCAAGUUGCAUAAUAUUUCUCGAUUUAUGUUGCGAUAUCGUGUUCUGAGAUUUCUCUGUUUUGGAAUUACUGAUAUCAUCAAGAUUUAUGACGAAGAUAAGAUCUGGAUAAUCAUUAUCAGUGCAGCAACGGAGAUUUGCGAGCACCGUAUGUAAAACUGCUCAGCUUACGAAGAAGAAGGUAUUGCUUAAGUUGACCGCAAGUGAUUUAUCUAUUACUAAAACAGUCUGUGUGUUCGCUUCGAUCCACAUUUUCUCUCGAUCAGUGGAAAAGAAACGAAAUGAAAAGACAGUGAGACAAAGAACUCACACAGUAUAAUCGAGCGAUUAACACAUGUAAAUUAUUCUUUUUCUUUCCUUGUCGUUUUCUUAACUCUGUGGGAUUAAGAACUUUAAUUGCGCGCUGUCAUAUAAAAGAUUGCGCGCUUUGCUCACUAACUGAUUAUGCAAAGAUCGUACAAAAUCGCAAUGAAUACUGUUAUUUAAAACGUUGAUACAUUAUAAAUAACAGUCGUUACUCAGGCAGAUUUCCUGCGGCGAUCGAGUGUUAUGCAGUUGGCAAUUUUCAAAUUUUACGAUGUAAUGAACUUAUAUAUAUGAUAUACAUUCAAUUUUAAUACAGCACGGCCGUGUGCGGCAUUUUCCUUGUGCUAACUCGCUCGCCGCAAAUUCGGUCGAGCUUAAAUACUACCUCUGCGAUUACGUAUUUGUAUCGGAUGGAUACAGAACCAGUCUCACUUAUUUCUUUAUUCUAUUGGUUGUAAUUGCGAACCUAUGAUGUUAAAUAUUAAUACUCAUAG